GAGAGAUGGCCGUUGGAGAGGCGACAGGGAAGGCGACUGGCGAUGGUGAGACCGAUCUGGGCUCUCCAACGUCGGAGGUGAUCUCGCCGGCCGCCGUCAACAAAGGAAAUCCACAGAAGGUUCCUUUGAGUCGUUUCUGGGUUCUGGAGUCAGACGAAGAUGAAGAUGGUGUCGAUGGUGAGGAACUACCGCCCACGAGUUGCUGCAGCGACAGAUCCCUGAGAUACCUCUGUCGCUCGCCGUCUCCGGUAAGCACGAGAGAUAUUUCGGAGGAGCCGCUCGAGCUCGCUCGUCGUGCACAGCGGAGGAUCGAGAGGCAACGGCUGCAACGGCAGGCGGCGCUAGCGUUUUCUUCUUCGACGUCCGUAUCACCAGAAGGUAAGUCUUAUGCUUGUCGUGAGAUACAAAAAGAGAAACCAGAGAUUGCAAAAUCGAAAGACCAACAGUUUCUUCCUGUUCUGGAGCCUACAAUUUUCCCAGAUGAUUUGAGUGGUCCUUGGACGGUUGUUCGUCGGCGGCGCUGGUCGUCGAUGAUCAACAAAAGGAAAGGUAUCGCGUGGCGAUCGCUGGAUCCGAAAAUCACGCAGAUUUCAAACAAUCGAGGAGAGUUGGGCCGUCAUGGGCUGCAGGCCAUUGGGUCUACACGCAUGACAAACCUGGACUCAAGAACCUCCAGCGAUUCCGAUCGUACGUUUACCCCUAAACCCCUGCCGAACAUUGUCGCUGGACAAGCCUUUCGGCACCUGCUAGGGUUUGCUUGGUCGAGGAUUCGAUCUGGGCAGAGUUUCGUCACAGACCAGCGGAGCUCCGGCAUGAAUGGCGAUGGCGGGCGUGGUGGUUUUAACCAAGGUCGUGGCUACCAGGGCAGGAACUUCAAUCCAGCGUAUGCUGGUCGAGGUGCUGGCCGUGGACGUUUUCCACCUGGAGGCGGUGGUGGAGGCUCUGGUCCAAGUGGAGGUCGCUUCACCGGCAACAACAACAGGUCAGGUUUCUUCCAGGGAGAAUCAAGUGGCACGGUUGGGAAUCGAGAUGAUUUUGGGGGAGGCGAUUUCCAAGAAAGUCGUGGAGGUAAUCUGCCCAAUUUUCGUCGUGGUUCCAAUUCAAAUAAUAAUUUCAGAAAUACCACUGGUUAUGCUGGGAAUCAAAGCGGGAGGCUUUAUAAUGGCAACAACAAUCUGCGUUCUAAUGGAUACAAUGGUCGUUUUGCGGAUGGAAGAAGUGCUUUUAAUGGGAACAAUGGGAGUGCAAAUUAUAAUAGAGCCAGUGGUAACACAGGGGCUAAUGUCCGAGGAAGCAGUGGGGUGGAUGAUGCUUUUUUACAUAAGACAGUAGCAGCUGUUGUGGCAGCGGUUACUGCUGCUCAAAAGCCACCGGGUUUUUUUUCCUCAGCCUGCGUCGGUGGUCCGGGGAGAUGUAUCAAAUGCAAAUCCUGAAAGUGCACCAUCUGGAGUGGUGCCUCAAGGUGGUGAUUUGAAUGCUGAGCCUGUGAUGCAACCUGUGGAGCCUCAAGCUCAAGCUCAGGAGAAAAUACUACAGGCUGAUGUACCCAACCAAAAGGAUGUGGAGGGGGCUGGUCCAGCAAAAAAGAAGAAGAUCGACAAAAACGGAUGUUUUAGAUGCAAAAAGCCGGGGCACUUGAUUGAUGAUUGCGCUAUACCUUACUGUCUGUAUUGUGAAUCCAUUAAUCACGAGUCAGCGGAAUGUCAGUUGCUGAAGGCUCCGAAACCGUCUGUAACUCUACAUGGCUAUGAUUGUGAAGAAUUGAUGUUCUUUGAACUUGCAUGCGCAGGGACAUACAAGCCAAAGGUGGAGAACCCAAGGCUUGCAAAGGUUACGGUUGAGGGUGAAACGAUGACAAUACCGGACAUAAUAGAAAAUCUGAAGCGAAUAGUGCCAUAUGAUAAUUUCAACUGGGAAGUGUAUCAUUUUCAGAACAAUAUUUACAGGGUUAAAUGCCCAAACAGAAAUGAAGUCCAGAGAUUGAAAAAUUUCGGUAUUUAUAUAUGUCCUGGUAGGCCAUCUGAGAUGAUUUUUGAUUACUGGUCAGCUUUAGAAGAGCCACUAUAUGUUGCCAGAGGUUUGGAUGAGGGUUUCUGGAAUCCCAUCAGAUAUUAGGACUGAUUUUCUGACGCUAUGGGGUGUGGGUUCUAUGUUUGGAAAGACAGUAGAAGUGGACAUGGCUUUUACUCGGAAGAACAAGGUGUUGAGAAUCAAGAUUGGUUGUAUUAAUCCAUCUCUUAUUCCUCAAGACUCUGAUCUCUUUAUUAAGAGAGGUUUCUUUAAAUUGCAUUUUGAGGUAGAGAUGGGAACUGGAGAGCAAGACGCUGAUAUGAUCGAAUCCAAUGGGGGUCGGAAAGAUGAUGAUGGUUCAGAUGGGGCGAAGAAAGACAAAGAAGAGGACAAUGAUGGGAAGGGCAAUGAGAUGGACAUGGAUGGAGCAAAUGGGCACACAGACAAGGAGGACUCUAGUACUAUGGAAAUCAAUGAAAAUGAAGGGCAUAAGGGGAAACAAGUUGCCCUGGAACGGUCUGAUAUGGAGUUUAAAUUUGGGACUUUUGUGUCUCAAGUAAAACUCUCAUAUUUGGAUACUGUUUUGGUACUGCCCAAAAUUUUUGGUAGUGAUGCGAAGAGGGUUUCGGAGAACCCUGAUGUUGCUCAGGAGGAGUGUCUACAGUCCCUAUCGAUUGAGAUGGGGCACACAGGAAAUGACAUGGCCGAAACUGAAUCUUUCGCUGCGAAGUCUCCGCUGACGCCAAUGGCUGUUUCAACUCAUUCAACGCCAAUGACAGCCACUGAAACUGUCAAGUGCAUGGGUGUGGAAGAUGAGCCACUACAUAUAGUGCCUGACUCUACGUCAUCAUUGCAUAUGACUAGG